AUGAACGAAGACAUUGAGAUUAGUCUUGCGCCGAUGAUGGAUGUGACGACUCCACAAUUCAGGAGGCUGAUUAGACUGACGUCCAAAAGCACCGUUUUGUUUACUGAGAUGAUUGUGUGUAGCACGGUUGUUCAUGUAACAUGUGAAAAGCUGCUGGAGAUGGUUGGCAAGUAUGAUGCGAAUACUGUUGUGCAGAUUGGUGGGAGCGAUGCGUCCGAGAUUGUCGAGGCGGUCAAGAUUCUUCAAAGUCUUGGAUAUAAGGAGUUCAAUCUGAACUGUGGAUGCCCAAGUGCAAGGGUCAAGAAAGGAUGCUUUGGGGCGAUCCUCAUGCUCAAGAAGCAGUUAGUGGCUGAGAUUGUGAACAAGGUUCACUGUGAUACUGGGGUGGUUCUAAGUCUGAAGAUCCGAACGGGUGUUGAUGAUCAUGAUGGAGUUGAGUUUUUAGAUGAUUUUAUCACUUAUUUGAAGAUGAACACAGCAUGUAGGAGCUUUUAUGUGCAUGCCAGGAAAUGCUGGCUUUCAGGACUGUCUCCAAAGCAAAACAGACAGGUGCCACCUCUUGACUAUGAAAGUGUAUAUGCAAUUAAGCAGCUGCAUCCUGAUUUGAAGAUAAUGCUGAAUGGAUGCAUUGAUGCUGAUGGGUUAGAAAAGCUAUGUAGCCUUGAUGGAUUAAUGAUUGGCAGGGAGAGCAUGAAGAAUAUUUUUGUAUUUUGGGAGAUUGACAGGAAGAUUGGAAAGGAAAGAUUUGGAGAAGGAGAAGAAGGAUGUAGUAAUGAUAAUGUUAGAGCGAAUACUGGAUUUGAUAGUGAUUGUAAAGAGAAUAAAUUGAUAGAUGAUAAUGAAAAGAAGGUUAUGGUUCAUGAAGUAAUAAGAAGAUACUUUGAAUGGUAUGGAAAAGAGAAGGAGAUGAGGAUUUGGGAUAUACAACCAAUGAUGAAUCUACUAGUUGGGAAGAAAGGAUGCAAAGCAUAUAGACAAAUGCUUGGAGAGAUUGUAAGGCGGAGGGAAAAUGCGGAGAAGGCAUAUAAAAGGAUUAUGAAUUUCCUGAAUAUGAGCGAUGGUUGUGGAAGAGUGAAAGAGCCCUUGUAUAUUGAUGGUGCCGGUGACUAA